AUGUCCGAACUGGAGGCUGUGCCCAUGCCGGUGCCAAGGGGACGCCGUAGGGGUGGCAGGCCGCCGUCGCCGAGCGAGCUGCCCGUGCCCACAGAGAAGCCGUCGCCCACUUCGUUGGCCGUGGUCAGCGCGGUUCGCACGCUGACCCACACGCGCACAGCCACACACUCGCGGACAGAAGAGGCGCCUACAAGAGAAAGCAGAAUGAGCGCCAGAUAUCCUGCUUCAGCGGCUCUUUCAUCGCAGAUGAUGAGCAGCAGCGCAAUCACCGGGUCGCCUACGGAUAUGCCAGUGCCAACAGAGAUGCCCUCACCAGCGCGGCCCAGUGAGGACCUCGAGGCCACGAUCACGUUGUCCGAAACUAUUCUGCCAACACAGACAGCACUCGCACCACAGUUCCAGGCGCCAGAGUCACAGGUGAUGAUGAGCAGCAGCGCGCCGCCGGAUUCACCAACGGAGAUGCCGGUCCCCACAGAAAUGCCAUCGCCGACGUCCCCCGGCGGUGACGACGAGGACACCCUGUUGACUGAGACAGCCCUUCCGCCUACGAGCACUUUGGGCGCCCCCACCCUGGAGGCGACUCUGGAGGUGCCAACCAUGACGCGAAGGAGCAUUCCACACGGCCUUAUGGAUGUGUCAGCUUCUCAACAGAUGGCGAGCAGCAGUGCCAUGCAGGGUUCACCCACGGAAAUGCCGGUGCCGACCGAAGUUCCAUCGCCCACCUCGCCGCACGGGCCACAGCAGGAGGAGGCGGAUACGAUCGUUGCGGACACAGCGCCCCCGCCCACGAAGACGCUGGUGGCCCCGGCCUUCGAGGCUGCUUUGGAGUCGGCGGCCCUGUCUGCUCAGAUGGAUGUUCCGGGACCUGAAGAAUCAGCUGUGGCUGGGAGCGCCGCGAUGUCUGACUCUGGUCCUCUGCCACGAUCACCAACUGACAUGCCAGUGCCAACGGAUGUUCCCUCUCCGACGUCUGCGGCUGGGGAGGCGGCGCACAUCGCAGAGACAGAUGAGGAAGAGGCCGAGCCGCCGGUGGCACCAACCCUGGCACCAGCCCUUGUGGAAGAAGCGCCGCCCGAUGCAGACUUCCCGCCGCCCAUGCCGGAGUCUGCGCCCAUGUCGUCGUCUGCUGUUGGGUCGUCUCCGUCGGAGCUGCCAGUACCUGUGGCAGACUCCGAGGACGAGGCGGCUGCAAGGCCGCGAGCCUCGCCCACAGAGGUGGCUAUCAUGGUCCCGACUGAGAUGCCUUCGCCCACUUCGCCCCACUUUGCCAGGGCGGUGCCAGAGGUGGUUCGCGCCCCUUCUGCACUACCGCAGGAGUUUUCCUCAGCCGCUGCGAUGUCAUCCUCCGCUGCGACGCAGUCUCCCAGCGAGCUGCCGGUGCCAACGGAGCGACCGUCUCCAACCGAGCCACCCGUGCCGCAGAUGAAGGCCAAGCUGCCUCCAGUGGCUCUUGAGUCGGCAAUGCUUGGUUCGUCUGCGGCCAUGGCAAGCUCGGCGCUCUCUUCCGGUGCAGUGCAGUCGCCUACAGAGAUGCCAGUGCCCACGGACGUGCCUUCACCGACGACCCCAUGUGAAGACGAAGGUGAGACCGUCACGGCACCGACCAUGCCGACGGUCCAGAGCAGUGCGGAGAGGACUGCAACAGCGGGCUCCCAUCCAACCGCCCUGUCUUCGCCUGUGGAUCUACCGGUGCCGACGGCGAGGCCAUCGCCAACCUCCAUGGGCUCUGCUGCCGACGAGGAAGAGGCCAUUGUCGGGCCACUUCCCAAGGCAACCGUGGGACAUGAGCCACCAGAACCUGGGGUCUCUGCUGUCGUUGAAUCUCCUGCAGAAACCUCGCCCACAGAGGAGGCUGCCCGGGUGGAGAUCGAGGUCCCAGAGGCCCGGCCUGUGCCCACGCUCCAGGAGACGUCGCCGGCAGACGUCCCGGUUCCCACCCGACGGCCAUCCCCAACAUCCUUCAACGAGCCAUGUGACGACGAGGAGGUGGCCUCAGCCCCUCUGAUGGAAUCGGCACCUCCCGAGGAGCCCACGCCCACCGAGCUUCCGGUGCCAACGGAGCGGAGUGGCACAGAAAGGUCUGAGAGGAAGCGUGCUGUGGAGCAGCUGUCCGAGGUGGAGGAGCUCCUGCCGCCCAUAGACAUUCAGUCCAGCGCGAAACGCCGGCAGAAGGCGCAGCCACGGGCCCCGUCUCCGAGCGAGCUGCCGGUGCCAACGGACAAGCCGUCACCCACUAGUCCGGCAGCUUUGCCAACCGUCACAGCGCAGCGUGAAGCAACGGCGACACUGACAGCCACCAGAGAAGACGAGGUGCCGACCAGGGUUACGCAAAGAAGCGCCAGGCUCGAGGCCUCCGUGUCAGCGCUGGUCAGCAGCAGUGCCAUGCGGGAGUCUCCCACGGAGAUGCCGGUGCCCACCGAAGUGCCAUCGCCGACCUCACCGGCUGAUGAGGUGGCCACGCUGGUGACUGACUCAGCCUUACCGCCCACUCGGACUGUGUUGCAGCCCGGCAUGGAGGUGUCGGCAUCGCAGAUGAUGGCCAGCAGCAGCGUCCACGAAGAGUCCCCGACGGAGAUGCCAGUGCCAACAGAGAUGCCAUCACCGACGUCGCCUGGUGGUGACGAAGACGAGGCUGAGACCUUGGUGACAGAGUCAGCCUUGCCGCCAACGCAGACUCAGACUCUCCAACUGCCAUCGCUCGAGGUUCCCACGCGAGCGACCCCGAGACGCACUACACAGGUCGAAGUCGAAGCCCUUCCGCUGUCGGGGAUGAUGAGCGACAGCGUGCCUGAAGCCUCCCCGACGGAGAUGCCGGUUCCGACGGAAGUGCCCUCUCCGACAUCUCCGCGUGACGAUGGGGAUGAGGCCGAGACACUGGUGACGGACACUGCUCUUCCGCCAACGGCGGUUCCUGUGGCUCCGGUGCUUGAGGCGGUGCAGGACUCCGCGGUGUCAGAGAUGGACAUGGACGUGCCGCCACAGUCGGCAGUGAUGGGCAGCGCUGCUAUGUCCGAUUCAGGCCCAAUACCGCGCUCGCCUUCAGAUAUGCCAGUUCCAACAGACGUUCCCUCCCCGACGUCAGCAGGCGAAGAUGUUGCACCGACAGAGGACGAGGAGGACGCCGAGCCGCUUGUUCCCCCACCCGCAGCUCCAGCGGCACCGGUCGAAGAAGCGCCACCGGAGGCCGACUUCCCUCCACCGAUGCCGGAGUCAGCGCCCAUGUCCGCGUCGCACGUGUCAUCGCCCUCUGAGCUGCCCGUUGAGGAACAGAUACCCGCGAAGUCGGCGAAGAUUCAGGCAUCGGCGCCAGUGGUCUCUUCCUCCGCGGCGCCUCGCUCACCGAGUGAACUGCCUGUGCCCACGGACAAGCCGUCACCGACGUCCCCUGCAGUUCGACCAGACCUCCGGGCUGUAGGAGCUGCCGCAGGAGCUCUGGGAAUGCUGGAGGUUCCCCUGUCACCGACUUCCCCGGCCUUUGAGGCGGCACCCCUUGAAGACGAGGAGCUGGAGGUUCCGGAGAUGCGCCCUAUUCCUACGGUGCAGGAGACCUCGCCGGCAGACCCAGCUGUUCCGGAUGAGGAGGAGGUUGCUUCGGCGCCACCGGUGGAUUCAGCACCCGCGGAGCCAACCCCCACGGAGCUUCCAGUGCCUGAGCCAAUGACGGCAGUUGAGGCACCGAUGAGGAAGCGCGCUGCGGAAGACUCCGAGCCGGAGACCUUUCCACCGCCCUUGGCCGUGCCGACGCGGCCGACAAAGAAGCAGGCGGCCUCACCCAGCGAGCUGCCGGUGCCCACGGAGAGGCCUUCGCCCACAUCUUUGGCGGCUGCUCUCACGGUGACGGUGGCGCCAAGGGAGCAAACUGCCACUGCGACGCUGACCAGGGAAGAGGAGGAAGAGGUCCCUACACGCGUCACCAGCAGGCAAGGUGGCAGAGUCCAGGCCUCAUCCUCGAUGCAGAUGGUGAGCAGCAGCGCGGCACAGCAGUCACCCACGGAGAUGCCUGUGCCCACGGAAGUGCCAACACCCACCUCGCCCUGGGGUGACGAAGAGGAGGCCGAGACAGUCGUGGCAGCCACGGCUUUGCCGCCGACGCAGACCCUGGCCGAACCGGCGCCGGAGGCUGCCCUAGAUUCGGCUGUACUCUCAGCCCAGAUGGAGCUAGACGUCCCUGCGCCACAGGAGUCCGCGGUCGUGGAGAGCGCUGCCAUGUCAGAGUCGGCUCCCGAACCGCGGUCUCCCACAGACAUGCCGGUGCCCACAGAUGUGCCGUCCCCGACGUCCUUUGCCGGCGAGGAGCGCACCGUCAUGGAAGAGGCAGCGACCACCGCGCCACCACCCACGGCACCCCCUGUGGCACUGGUGGAGGAAGCGCCUCCAGAUGCCGACUUCCCUCCACCAAUGCCCGAGUCAGCGCCCAUGUCAUCGUCUAUGGUGGCAUCCUCGCCAUCUGAGCUCCCUGUGCCAAUGCUCCCGGACGAGGCUCUGAGGCCGAUUCCCCCACCGCAGGCGACUUCUGCGCAGAUGGUAAGCGCCUCAGGCCCCAUCGCAUCCUCCUCGGCGGCCGCGCACUCACCCAGCGAGCUGCCUGUGCCAACAGACAAACCCUCGCCCACGUCGCCUGUGGUGCGGCCGGAGCCGAUGCUGGCCACCGCGCCGCAGUCUGCGAAGCCUGUGGAGGCUUCUGCGCCAAUCGUGUCAUCUUCAGCUGUCCCUGGUUCGCCCUCUGAGCUGCCAGUGCCUACCGACAAGCCGUCGCCGACGUCUCCGGCAGCACGGCCGGCGCUGCUGUUGCAGCCAGCAGCCGUGCCACAUUCGUCCGAGGCGCCAGAGUCAGCUGCGGCAAAAGCCUCGGCAUCAGCUGUGAUGGACUCGGCGGCACUCUCGUCCGGGCAGCUCGAGUCGCCCACGGAGAUGCCGGUUCCAACGGACGUGCCGUCUCCAACCACUCCAUGUGAGGACGAAGGUGAGACUGUCACGGUGCCGACAGUCGUCCCAACAGCUUAUACACCCACGCGCACGGUCCCAGAGGCAACGGUUCCCACUGCCGAAACCUUGACGCGCACGUUCGUGGAGGUAGCGCCCACGCUUGACACACCCACACAGUCGCGGACUGUGCCUCGAACGUCGCGUGCGGGACCGCGGACAGUGCGGACAGCAACCUCCACGGUGCCUCGCACGCUGCGGCCAUGGGCGGCGCGAGAGCCGCGGGAGGCGCCGACCGAGUUGCCCAUUGAGGUCCCAGCUGCGGUACCAUCACCGACAUCUCCGGCGCAGGGGCACCUGCCGGAAGUGGACGAGGUUCCUUUGGGGCCACCCAUCGUCGCAGCGCCACGCGGGCCAGUGGAGGAAGUCCCGCCAGAGCCGCCGGUGCCGCCGGAGCUUCCGCUGCCCCCGCCGAUGCAGGUCUUAUCGCAACCGAGGUCACCCACAGCACCUGAGAUGCAGGUGCCCACAGAUGUGCCGUCGCCAACCUCCCCAGCAGUCAGCUCCCCGCCGGUCGAGGACGAUGCAGAAUUGGAGGUGCCGGAGCGGCCAGCGCCUACGCUUCAGGAGACAUCACCCGCAGAGCUUCCUGUCCUGGAGGAUGAGGUGCUGCGUGGCUCAGCGCCUCCGGGCGUCUCUGUCUCGGGACCUGGUGUGUCGUCCUCCGCUGCACCGCGGUCACCGAGUGAGCUGCCCGUGCCCACGGACAAGCCCUCGCCGACAUCUUUGGCGGUGCAGCUGGAGCCACAAGUGGGCUCAGCCGUCGCGCCACAAUCCUCGGAUGCAGCCGCCGAAUCUGCCUUGCCGAAGGUGUCCGCAUCCGCUCUCGACAGCUCAGCUAUGAUGUCCUCCGGGCCGCCCGAGUCGCCAACGGAGAUGCCCGUGCCAACGGACGUGCCGUCUCCCACGACUCCGCGCGAGGAUGAAGGCGAAACCAUCACAGCACCCACGGUCGUCCCUACAGUGCAGACGCCCACGCGGACGGUGGCAGAGGGUACAGUUCCCACUGCAGAGACACCGACGCGGACGGUCGUGGAGGUAGCCGCGCCAACUGCAUCGCCCACACGGACAGCCGCCGAGGCGGUUCCCCCGACCGACACGCCUACGCGAACGGUUGUGGAGGCGGCCCCCACCGUGGAAACACCCACGCAGACGCGGACUGCCACGGCACGCAGUGCUCGAACGAGGGCGAGGGCUGCCCCAGAGAUCGCUCCGCCGCCAAUGCGGAGGCGGCCAGCGGAGGUGCCCACCGCUGAACCGGCGCAACCGGCGCUGGAGGAAGUCCCCGUGUCAGCAAUACCCUCGCCCACAUCGCCGGCGGAGGAUUCGGACCAGGAGGAAGCGGUCCCCAUGCAUGUGCCUUCCGCGGCGGCGUCGGCGGCGUCAGCUCCAAGAGCUACGGCUGCUGGAGAUGCAGCUGAGGAGCCGCCGGUUCCCCUGAAUGCAGUGAGUCAGCCUCGCUCGCCGACAGCGCCUGAAAUGGAGGUGCCGACGGACGUGCCUUCGCCGACUUCUCCAGCAGACCUUGACCACCAAGAAGUCCCAACGAUGCCGACCGCAGAGCCAACGUUGCUCCCCUACGAGGAGUCGGCUGUCGCGCCCACUUCGCCGGCCUCGCCCUUGGCAGAGGAUCAGGCGUUGGAGGGACCGCCCGGGCAGGAUCUCCGGCCAUGGAAGCGCCGCAAGCAGCGCCAGGAGGUAGCUGGGCCAAGCACACCCACUCGCCGGCGAUGGAGUGCGCCUCCGGUGCCUGGCACGCCCACGGAGGAAGGAGUCGAGCGCACCCCCACCGAGGAUGUCUUGCUGCUGCCACCCCAGGGAAGAGUCGGCUCUGCCGCACGGGCCAGCCCGACCGAAGCCGGGGAGUCCUCGACCUACCUGGCCCAGGAGGCCGAGGAGCCCUUGCCGGCCACGCCGACAUACACCGCCGACUCGCCCGAGUUUCAGGAGGAGAACGAGCCGGAGACGCCCACACUCGAGCCCGACGACGAAGAGCUCUAUGAGUGGGAGGAGGAGCUUGCCAAGUCAGGCGGUGCACUUCCGGGCAUCAUUGUUGACGUCAACGUGGUCAGGGGGGGCGAGCCUGAGCACUUGGAUGCUGCGCAGCUGGCGCAGCUGUCGCCCGUGGAGCUGGCUCGGCGCCUUGCAGCGCCCGGAGCCUUGCUUGCCGCGCGAGCGCAGGGCCUCAUGACGAUGGCACGGACACCAGCAGUGGUGCGGCUCCCUGGCAUGGAGCCGCCAACGCCGAGCUACGACCCCGACGAGGAAGACGAAGACUUCCAGCUGCUUCACGAGGAGCCGUCCGAGGACGUCUACGUGCCUGCGGCAGCUGGAAGUGCGGCUGCGGCUGAGAUCAACGCCGGCAGACGGAGACCCCAGCAGGAAGAGCUGCCUCCUUGGAAGCGGCGCCAGAGAAGGCGGCAGGAGUGA